GAGGAGAAUCUUGAUGCUGAACAGAUGGAAGAAGAUGGAGACUUGGCAGACAUAGAGGCACUUAAUUAUAAUGAUCUAGAUAAUGUUUCCAAGCUGCAAAAAUCACGUCGCUACAUUGACAUAAUGUAGAAAGUGGAAGAUGCACUUGAGAGAGAGUCUGAUGUCAUGGAUAAAGGUGUUGUUCUCGAAGAUGAUCCAGAGUAUCAGUUGAUAGUAGACUGUAAUGCCUUAUCAGUUGACAUUGAGAACGAAAUCGUUAUAAUCCACAACUUCAUACGUGACAAAUAUCGAUUGAAAUUUCCUAAGUUAGAGUCACUUGUUCAUCACCCAGUUGAUUAUGCUCAGGUUGUUAAAAAAAUUAGAAAUGAAAUGGAUCUGACGCUUGUUGAGUUGGAAGGACUGCUACCCUCAGCUAUCAUCAUGGUUGUGUCUGUUACGGCAUCAACUACCAGUGGCAAGCCAUUGCCAGAAGAUGUUCUACAGAAGACAGUGGAAGCAUGUGACAGAGCCCUUGCUCUUGAUUCAGCAAAGAAAAAGGUUCUUGAUUUUGUUGAGAGUUGAAUGGGAUAUAUUGCCCCCAAACUUUCUGCUGUAGUUGGGAGUGCAGUUGCUGCAAAACUUAUGGGUACUGCUGGUGGUCUCUCAUCGUUGGCAAAAAUGCCUGCUUUUAAUGUCCAUCUUCUUGGUGCUGGGUUUUCCACAGCAACAUCCCAAUUUCAUAUAGGUUAUAUUGAGCAAACAGAAUUAUUUCAGAGUACACCUCCUUCCUUAAGGAUGCGAGCUUGUAGACUGCUGGCAGCAAAAUCUACUUUAGCUGCUCCUGUUGACUCGAUCAAUGGAGACCCGUCUGGGAAAACCGGAAGAUCUCUUAGGGAAGAGAUACGUAAAAAGAUAGAGAAGUGUCUAGAGCCCCCUCCUGCAAAGCAGCCAAAGCCUCUUCCUGUUCCUGAUUCUGAGCCUAAGAAAAAGAGAGGUGGCCGCCGGCUGAGAAAGAUGAAAGAAAGAUAUGCUAUCACGGACAUGCGGAAGCUAGCAAACAGGAUGCAGUUUGGAAUACCUGAAGAAAGUUCCUUAGGGGAUGGACUAGUGGAGGGCUAUGGCAUGCUUGGUAAGGCUGGAAGUGGCAAGUUGCGUGUAUCGGUUGGUCAGAGCAAGCUUGCUGCCAAAGUAGCAAAGAAAUUCAAGGAGAAGAGUUAUGGAAGCAGCGGGGCUACAUCAGGCUUGACUUCAAGUUUGGCCUUCACUCCUGUGCAAGAGGUCACGGGUUUAAAUCUUGGAAACAACUUCUGGCAGAAAUGCAAGGUAAGACUGCUAUGAUGCAUCCUUACGGUGGAGCCCUUCCCCAAACACCAUGCAUAACGAUAGCUUUAGUGCAUCGGACUGAACUUUCCUUACAACUAUUGUAUGUUGUGUGGAUCCAUAAUUGUAGUACCUAUGGUUAGAUUUUUAUGUAAACUUAUAAAUUGUGCAAUUGAAAGAAGCCAAAAGUGUCCAAUCGUGGUGUCAACAUAGUUGGGACAGUGGCAUGUUCCAUAAAGUGGGGAAAGUACCUAGUUUAAAACAUGAUGCUGUGUGGCCCUUAGCAUCAAUUGAUGACUUUUUUUUAUGUACCACCACUUACAGGGAUAAGCCUAAGGACAAAAUUGAUUUGUCAGUGGUGAAAG